AUGGAUAGCUUAUUCCUGGAGCUUUUUAUUAGUCUUUUACUGGGAAUAUUAAUCGGAGAGAUUUCCAGCACAGGCGAAGUUGUAUAUGCUGUAAAUAGCGGCGGACCGGCCCACACAGAUCUGAACGGAGUGCAUUACCAAGCUGACAAGCUGACCGUGGGAACCUCGUCGGACUUUGGCAAAUCUCUUUCGAUUGGUAGAGUCGCUCCUGCAGACCAAAUUUUAUAUCAGACGGAACGUUAUCAUUUUUCGAACUUUGGCUACAACAUUCCCAUAAAGGAAAACGGCGAUUAUGUGCUAAUUUUGAAGUUCUGUGAAGUUUAUUUUCAAGCUCCAAGGCUAAAGGUAAGCUAGAUAAGCAAGUUCGAUCCACGUGUAUGAAUUUAAUCGAUGUUUAUACCGUUCGGGAUUCAAACUAGCUGUUACUAGCUCUUUGUUUAAACUGAUUUUAAGACGCCUUUUGUAGAAAUUGUUUUUGUUUUUGUGAAUGUGUUGUUCUUCAAGUGUUUUACUGGUAGAAGAAUAAUAAUGAACAAUGUACAUGAAAUAUACAUGUUGGAAUGAAUUCGAGUCACGGUUUAAGCGUGCAAGUUUGUGUACUUUGUUUGUUAAUGUGCCCGCCACAUGUUUCAUCGGUGAUUCAAAGCAAUCGAUAAUCAUAUUGCUGUGAAAAGAAAGGAACUUUGUCAGCAGGGUUGUCGAUAUGAUUAAUAGGACUUGUCAUUAAGGUUUUUUACAGCUGUACAAUGCCUUUAUUUUGUACGCGAAAGUGUGACUGAUAGAACCUUAGCCGUAUACGAGGCCGGUAUUUAUUUAUUGAACUACAUUCGGUUAAUGUUCUACUUAAAUUAAGUUUUUCCAUCAGACUAUCUGGUAAUUUUAAAAAGGAAAAAUAGAAAAAAAGUGGCGAAAACGUUGUGUGCAACCUCACAAAGACACCUGUCUCCUGUUUUAGUUGGCCCAGAAGCGCCAUUGUAAACACAGAACUUUUUGCUUCCCUUUUCUUUUCCAUAUUUGAGCACUAAAGAGAUCAAAGCCUUUAAAAGGGUUUAUACCAAUUGGGUGUUGGCCUUAGAAUUUUAUAAAUGAAUCCUUGCAAAUUAUUUGGUUAAAUGUUUUUGUUUUUGCUUUUUUAAUGCACCCCUUUAGUUAUCUGCAGAAGUAAGUAAAGCAGAUGACACAUGUUGCUGUCAACUAUUUAAAGUUUUAUACAGUGAAACCUGUAUUAAGUGGACACCCCUGUAGUGUCCGCUUAAUACAGGGUGUCCGCCUAAUACAUGUUUCGAUAGAUAACAUCAUAAGAGACGUCAAAUGCCAUUCAAAUGAAUAGUAAAAAAGUUAAGAAUACUCCCAGAGACUUUGACGAUAUACAUUUGCAUUAAUUUCUUUAUCGAAGUGGACCAAUUGAUCAUAGUACCAUAAACAUAGAUUGCAACUCAAAUUUGAAGAAAUCAGAUGGGGGAAACAAGCUCUAUUCAAACAAAACAAAAUAGGAAACAAUACUGUACUGUGAAACUAAUCAAAUAAGUUCGUCAAGUCACGUUUUUUGAUGUAAGAAUCGAAAAAGUUCUGGGUGGAAGUUCGAGGUAAUAAUUGAUUACAAGUGUCCGUUUAAUACAGGUUGGUAACAAUAGAAAUCACUAUUUCAGGUACAUUUUAGUUGUCCGCGUACUCUUAAUGGAGGUGUCCGCUUAAUAAAGGUUUCAUUUAAAGUAAAUAAGGGAAAUAAAUUUUGGGACUUCGGCUACUGUCCGCUUAAUAGAGGGUGUCCGCUUAAUACGGUGUCCACUUAAUACAGGUUUCACUGUAUUGUAGUGUAAAAAAGUGAUAAAAAACAUGUCACUUUGAUGACAAUGCUCAGUUUUCUUGUACCAAAACUGUUAUUGCUCCUGACAGAAUUAGUGAAGAAAAGUCUGUGUUAAGCUGUGUGUUGUUAGCCAUAAGAUACAUUUUGUGUUUAAGGGUUAACUUUCGCCCAUCUCACGUGGGCUGGUAAUUCUAGUAUAUUUUGCACAAAAUGCAUUAUAUAACUGUCGCUCUGACCAGUUGGAAUUUUUUUAUUACUUUUAGGCUUAAACACAUUAAAAGUUGCAACUGGGAAAUGUGAUAGCUAUAUACCGUAAAAUUCUGAAAAUAAGGCCCGGGACUUAUACUUUUCAAAGGCCCUUUUUAAGGGGCUUAUUUUUGGAGGGGCUUAUAUUCGGAGGGGCUCAUCUAUGGAGGGAAAUUUGCGUUUCAAAAUCGAUUGGGCUAGCCUUUUACUUGGAAGUAAAUUGACCACUUUUGCUUUGUUUUACUUUGUAUUUGAGGGCAAUUUUGCAAGUACAAGCACCCAAGGGGCUUAUGUUUGGAGGGGUGAUUUAAUGGAGGGUUUUUUGUGUUACUGGUUUGGGGGGCUUAUAUUUGGAGGGGCUUAUUUUCGGAAGUUUAUGGUAUGCAAAAUGCUGCAAAUGACUCUACCCAUCGCAUUUGGUUUUAUAAUGUGGCAGUUACUUGUAUCGAUUACACUGUACUUCAUCAACUGAGAAUAUAUUACAUUUAUUUUUUUGUGUGCAGGUGUUUGAUGUAGCUGUAAAUCAACACACUGUAAUAAAAGGAUUAGACAUUUAUGAGAGAGUGGGUCGAGGAGUUGGCCAUGAUGAGUACAUUCCUUUUAGAGUUAACAACAAUCAAUUACUGAUUGAUGGAGAAACAGUACCAUUUGGCGGUUCUGUAUAUGUUGAAUUUUUAAAGGUAAGUUUGUUUUAUUUUUGUUACAUUUUCCUGGUUAUAAAAACUUUAUAGCAGGAGUUUUGUAUUAAAAUAUUUAUUUUUUGAGUGAAACCUCUCCAAUUCAGACAUCAAAUUAAAGGAACUGAACUUUUCUUGUCUUUUUCUCAGCCAUAGCAUUCUUCUGUUAAUCCAUUUGGGCCUUUUUACUGACCAAAAUGACAAAUUUCCCUGCCCUUUCAUAUGCUUCAACAUCAGUGAAACCCCUACCAUUUUAUAUAACUAAAGCCUAAAAAAGGUACCCCUUUUAGGCGGAACCUCCCCUUAUAGGCCAUCAUAGGGAGUAACCCCCCCCCCCCAGAAUUUUCCAGUCUUGUUAAAUAUAGAGCUGAGGUUUAAAUAACAGUCAGUCACUGGAUUAUUUCUUCACUAAGUUUUCCCUUGUCCAACAAAAUCUUAUUUGCUGCCAGGCAUAGUUAUGACGACCUGACAGAUUAAAAAGACUUUCAUUUUGUAGUUGAAAGAUUUGCAUAUGAGGUAAUUAAAAUAGUAUUAAAAGUGCAAUGUGCAACCCAGUAAAAGUGAGCCGGCAGCAGGCAAUUUUGCCACUUCCAGUGGAAUAGUUGCUACCUAAUCAACACCCGGGUUUAGUAAUAUUAAUUAAGUAAAAACCACCCAAUUUUAGGCCUUUGCCACUGGUGUUACUCUGGUUAUCCUGCCUUUACUGUAGAGAUACGGUUAAGGCCAGGAGGCGAUUACUUAUAUCGGCUCCUGGUUAAGGCAGGAGUCGAUUACUUGUCAAGUAAAAUUCUGACAAGUGACAUGGCCCAGAAACAUUGACAUAAGACAGCAAAUUGGCAACAAAUGACACAAAGAUGUGAAACUGUGAUGGUAAAGGAGACAUAGCUUCCUCGUCAACAUGCAAAACAACAGGUUUUGAAAACAGACAAGUGACGUACAUGCCCCCCGCCCAGCCCCUAAAAGGACCUCAACAUUUGAAUAGAUUGCAACAUUAUAUAUAGACCUCAUUUUUGUUGAACAAAUAUAAAGCAAUUCAGUAUCCUUUACCGAGGACCUAAAAUCUUGAAUUCGUUGCCUGUUUCACUAAUUAGCUCUCCUUCGAUAUUUGUUUUUUAAAAAAAUUUAAAGAAUUAUCUCACUGACAGCCGAUCUGUCGCUUAAUUUUCUGAUCUUGUUCACUCUGCACUCAGCCAUGAAUUUAGUUCACUAUGUAGUUGAAGGAAGCCUAUUAAUAUAAGCUUCAAGCUUCGUUAGGCUUCCUUGUCACAUUAAUUUUAUAAUUUAAGUAACAACUUUUAUUCAUGUUGUAUAAGGUUUUGUGAGUGACUAAAUAAAUAAAUAAAUAAAUAAAUAAAAUAAAUAAAUAAAUAUUUCCAACAGCUUUUUUUUUUUUUUUUUUUGGUGGGAGGGGAAUUGCUCAGGGGUUUGAACAACUGAGGUUUCAAGAAGUCAGGUUCGUGGUACUGUACAUUAUCUAUAAGUCUGCAGUAAUUUGCACAGUGUGCUCUUCUUAUAGCAGUCUUUUUUAUUUUGAAAUUCAGGGCUAUUAUGAUAAUCCUAAAAUCAAUGCUGUUUUGGUUAUGAAAGGAACAUUAGAGGGUAAGUUUCAUUAUUUUCCCACAUUCAUAAAGUUUCCAGACAUAUUACUUUAACGAUAUUCUCAUUCCCAGGUAUUUACACAUAUCAGUUAAUUUGAGAGCAUUCAUUUGGGUAUAUACAAGUUCUUUAUAUUUUGGAUUUAAAAUCUCCAGACACACAACCAAAUUAGGACAUUUUUCUUUGGAAUUUAUGCAUCUGUGUGUAAGCAGCAAAGUAAAUCUGGUACCAAAAUGUUCGGGAUUGAUCAUGAAUCCAGGAAAAUGUCCUCUUUUGUAAACCUAGUCCAAGAAAAAUGCCAUCCAAAUGUAAAGAGAAUGUCAGAAAUGAUUAUUACUAUGUGUACUUGUGGCAUCCCUUUUCAGCUAUUUGUAUCACUUUGGAUAACAAGACUGUUUAGAAAAUACAGAAAUUAAUAAUUAAUUAAUAAUUUGUUGUUCAUCACCAACAGUUUCUUGAAAGUUACCCCUGAAACCUUCUCUUUCACACAAGAUCCACAAGGCCAUAAAUGUCAAUACUUGGCGACUGGCAAUGGACCAUGAUCGGGGCCACCACCUUCCCCCAAUUUAUGAAAGCCUUGCAGCCUUAUUAAAAGAAGCAUGUAAAGAAUAACAGCAAAUGUCUCUGAUGAAAGGAUACAGAUGGCUUCUGAAAGCUCUUUGUAACAUUCAAUGAACUGUUGGUGAUAAUUAAUAUUAUAAAGAAUUAGAAUAUUUCGCUGUAAAAUCAUGUCCCAACAGCCAAAUCUUCAUUCUUUCACUACAAGAUAAUAUUUUGAACUUGGCUUUUUUUACAGAUGUUCCAAAGUUGCCACCCUUGCCACGCCCAGGGGAAGACAAUGAGGAUGAGGAUGAUGAGGAGGAAUCAAAGGAAGAUAAACCAAAGAAACAGCGCAAGUUAUCUGGCCCCAAAGCCAUCAAUCCAUAUGCUAACGAUGAAUCUAGCAUGUUAAUUCCAAUUGCUGUUGCCAUUGCUGUCUUUCUACCCACACUGUUUUGUCUGUGUAAAUUGUGAUAGACUGGGAUUGGAUUUUAUUUAUUGCAUUGCAAGUUUCUCUGUUGUUAUCUAUUGUAGGCUUUAAAAACUCUACUGAUCAGAAACAAAAAUACCACAACCGAUUUAGGAUUUUGGGUUUACUUUCUAUGCAAAUUUAAAUGUUGGGUAUAGGCUGUAAUUUGUUUGGAAAAAAAGAUUUGCUUUUUAGAAAAAACUUAACCCAAAAAAUGAUGUUAAAAAACUGGUUGAUCAUGAUUGUGAAGGUAACUCGGUUACUAUCUUAAAGGGACAGUGUCAUGAGG